GGUACUGGAUAUCGCGAUAUCGCAUUCGAACCCAGGCCUCAUAUGUUGUUACUUUUGUCUCCAAACCCAUCCGCGGAAUUGGAACUCUUCGCAGUGUGCGCAAGGUGAUGUAUGUACAAGUACGUAGCGAACAUCACGAUUCCCAGAUGCCGUCUCCUCUGGUUGCAUUAACCCGGCCCAUCUUCAAACCCGGCAAGGCUGCUGUCAGUGCUGUCGGGUCCUUGGCCUUCUUCCUUUUCCUAGGAGCCGCCACAACCAAGACCCCUCAUGUUCGAUCGCCGGUGCCAUACGCACGGCAUGAAUGAUUCGACUUUGAUCGCUUAGACCCCGAACGUCGAUCCGGGGUACCUUUUAUGGAGAACAAGGCUGUUCCUCACCCUCUCCCGGUCCCCCUUUCCUCGAAACGGCUAUUUGCAAAAGCGCAAACGAACAAGGUCAAAGCUCUCGAGGGAGGUAGUCGCAAAUCUGCUCCUUUCCAGUCAGAACGUACAGUACCUCUGGGUUUUACAGAAAGCUCUCAUUCCCAUUCGCGAUGCCCCCAGCCAAUUCUACUAAUUGGGUGCCACUUUCUGCUGGUAGUCGGAUUUUCUCUCCCGUCCGCUCCAGCCGCAGUUCGGACAGAGCUCUGGAACAGUAUGGGAAGUCGGCGGCCGAGCGAAAGCGCUUCCAUUGUUCCCGCUGCAGGCCAGCGUCCUGUAUGGGAUAAGGCUCUGUUGUUUCUCGAGUGUGCUUUGUGGUCCACAUGACUAGCGUAUGGGAUGUCAUUGGAACUGCAGAGACGACGGGAGGAGACGGGUUCCAGAAGAGGCGCUUUUUUACACACACAGAAGAAGUCCAUCAACAUGCGUACAAGCGCCGAAUGCUAGUGUAGCUCGACGUCUUCUCUCCG